UUAGGGACACCUUGUUAUUACGGACAGGAGAAAAAUCCCCGACAAAAAUACUGACAAAGAAAUGACAGUAAAUAAUUUUCGCUAUUACGGACGCUCGCUACAGUAUUACGGACAUGAAGUGACGGUCCCGAAGGUGUCCGCUGUAACGAGAGUUGACUGUAAUUGGUCAAAUCAAAUACUGCAACUUAGAUUUAGGUCAGUUUACUUGCAAGAAACUGGAUGGAUUUUCUGAGGAUAAAGCAGACCGAGUAUUUGUUUGUUCUCUUGAUAGGUAAUCGAAGUCUUUUUUCCUACGGAAGCUAAAACGACAUCAUAAUAUAAUAGCCGUGUCGACUAGUGGUUUGAUUAAGAGAGUGGCUGACGUUCCRUUCCUGGGAAUAAUCUACUGAAUGACGGUGAAUACACAGCAACAAUCCAAGGGAUCUGUUUUUGCUCAUUGUCGUAGCAACGACGGGGCAAAGGGAGAAUUCGUGUUUGAAACUACAGAGAUUUCAAUUACGCAUAAAGGUGUUGGUCGGCAAGACGACUCAAAGAGAGGACGGCUGAGAGGAGAUAGUACAGAGCRAUAUGACAAAGGUGUGUUUCGUGAAGACCAUAAAAGCCGUACUGCCUUCAGAUGUGAUCAAAAAACUUUCAAGGAGCUUGAAGAUGGACAAUAUAUGCGUCUCUGCAUUCGUUAUUACGCUAUGCUUCGGCCUUUAUAAUUGUGCCAACAUGCCAAUCUAUAUCGGAGGGUUUAUAGAUGUUAAUACGACCAAUGGUGGAUGGAAUAGUGCGGGAAUAUGGCCUGCUGUUGAGCUAGCAAAGGAUCACAUCAACCAAAAUCCAAACCUGCUUCGAGGAAUCAAACUCGAAGUGAAUGUCAAAGACUCCAAGUGUUCGUAUGCAUACAGUAUCAAAGCCUUUGUGGAGCAGAUUACGUCUCCAAACAAGAAGAUUGUCAUCAUUGGCCCUGGGUGUUCGAUUUCAGCCGAACCUGUGGCGGACGCUGCUCAUUUUUGGAAUCUUGUUCAGGUCGCAUACAGCGCUGGCACACCACGGUUAUCAGACAAGACUCGUUUUCCACUGUUCUACAGGGUCAAUUCGCCAGAGACCGUACCUAACCUGGGUAUUGUUGCUCUGUGCAAGUACUUUAAGUGGACAAAAGUAGCCAUCGUCAAGGAAGAUGUGCCAGUCUUUAAUGACGUACACGAAGAUCUCCAUGAACUUCUCAGACAAAGCAACAUAACUAUCAUUUCUACCACCAGCUUCGUAAACAACCCUAGGAAUGCAGUGCAGGGCAUGCUGGAAAAAGACGCCAGGAUUAUCAUCGCAUUGGCUUAUGAAGGAAAAUGCCGCAAGCUGAUGUGUGAGGCAUUCAAGCUUGGUCUGUACGGCAAACACAUUCAAUGGCUGCUAAGAGGAUGGUACGAUGACAAAUGGUGGAAUGUGACGGGUGAUGGUUGUACGGGCGACCAACUACGAAAAGCCACAGGAAAUUACAUAGGUUUGGAAGAAAUCUUCCUUAGCACAGAUGAAAACAAGACUAUAUCUGGACUGACGCCCUCACAGCUGCAUUCAAUGUAUCUCCUUAAAGCUAGAAACAUGUCAUUGCCAAUAAACAGUUACGCACCUUACGGUUACGACACGCUAUGGACAGUAGCACUCGCCUUGGACAAAGCUGCCACCAUACUCGCCAGUAGGAAUCAGACACUGAACGACUUCGACUAUGAAAACAAAGAAAUAUCGAUGCUGAUUCAUAGAAUGGUGGCUAAUACUAGUUUUACGGGAAUGUCGGGUUUAGUCACCUUUGAAGACAAUGGAGACAGAAUAAACAAGCUCUGGAUCGAACAGCUACAGGGAGAGGAUGAAGUUAAACUUGGAAUUUUUGACUCCACGUUUAACGAGCCGCAAAUUCAGUCUAUCAAGCUGAACGGGAGUUUUCUGUGGCCAGACGGCAAGAUUCCAACGAGCGACCUAGAAUCACUCGAAGUCAUAGAAAAGAUCAAUAAGACGCUCUUCAUUGUCAUGGCAACAGUGACGUGCCUUGGAAUUAGUUUGGCGUGUGGGUUUCUUGUAUUUAACAUCAAACAUCGAAAAAACAGCUUUAUUAGAAUGUCCUCACCUCACUUCAAUAAUCUCAUUAUCAUUGGUUCACUGAUGUGUUACAUCUGUGUCUUCCUUCAUGGAUCAGCUGCAUUUCUUGACCAAUCACAAACGGCUAUCUAUAAAUGGACAUGCGUAGUUCGAACAUGGUUAACUGCAUGUGGAUUUACUUUAGGUUUUGGUACAAUGUUUGUCAAAACCUGGAGAGUCUACAAAAUCUUUACUAAUACUAAGCUCAACAAAGAGCUUGGCCAUCUUUACGACCGCCAUCUUGUUAUCCUGCUUGUCAUCUUUCUCUGUGUGGAUUUUGUAAUCUUAUCGGUUUGGCAAAUCCUUGAUCCACUGAAAGCAGUUGUUCAAAGAGAUAUAACGAAAAAAGAUGAAGACAAUCAAAGGAUUAUUUCUUAUGUGGCUCUCACUUGUACCUGUGAUAAAUACGCAAUUUGGAUUACAAGCCUCUAUGCCUGUAAAGCUUUCUYACUGAUAUUUGGAUUAUUUCUGGCCUGGGAAACACGGAACGUAACGUUUCGGGCGCUGAACGACUCGCGUUAUAUUGGAAUGAGCGUCUACAACGUGGUGGUCUGGGCGUGUAUAACUGUGCCUUUAAGUGAAUGGGUCACCUAUACCAAUGUAAAUUCAGAGUUCGGACUUAUUUCUUGUGCUAUUAAUAUUUGUACUACUUCUACUCUGGUUCUUGUUUUUGGACCCAAGGUUCGAACUAUAAAGAUAUCACCAGAAUCAACCAUGUCCCAGUCACAAGAAUCCUCAAGUAAAAAGAUCACCCAAAGUGUACAAAUUAGACAACAUCCAUCAUGCCCAGGAUGUAAAUGUGAAUAGAAAAAUGACCCAAAGAUUGUAUAUAUAGUUGUAAAUACUAUUUAAAUUUCGUUAAAAUAAAUAAAUAAGCUUAAAUAAAC